GUUUGGGCUGCUAUCGUUUAGUCACCCUUGAUUUAUUCAAGUGGGACAAUGUUUCCGACACUUUGGGAUGGAUAAGUUCAGUCCCCAAGUAGCCAGAAGGUGUUUGAAAUUACCGCUAUUCUGAUGGCUAACUGACCAAUCACAAGCAAAACCGUUAGUGGCAUGUCACACACGCGGGCACACGAAAUAUCCGUCGAGAGGCUGUUUCUGUCCUCACCGCACUGACACGCUGUUAGUUAUGGACAAGGAUUACACCCCAUUGUCAUCUACGUGCAUCAAGAAUCUUGUGGAUAAGCUUUUUGAGAAACGCAAACUAGCCUCGCAAGAAGUCGAAAGGAUUAUCAAAGAAUAUAUCAGUCAAGAUCGACACUCUGAUAUUUCUAGGAUAAUCGGAUAUUUCAGUCAGGAUUUUAUUCACUCUGCUAGUCCUCAUACUCGGAAAGGCGGCUUGCUAGGUUUAGCUUCAGUAGCAAUUGGGCUUAACGAGCAUGCAUGUCUUUUCCAUGGACCGAUUAUUCUGCCAAUUAUUCGUACAUUCCAUGAUAACGACCCACGAGUUCGAUAUUACGCAUGUGAAGCCCUUUUCAAUGUUAUGAAAAUAACUCGUAAGGAAACUUUGAAUUAUUUGAGUGACGUCCUUGAUGCCAUAAGUAGAGGCGUAUCUGACUCUGACUCAACUGUCCGACCUGGAGCGUUGCACUGUGAUAGACUUUUAAAAGAGGUCAUCGUGGAGACUGAUAUUUCAGACUUAACAGACGUUGUUGCGUUGCUGAAGGAACGGAUAUAUACAAAUAAUCCAUAUACGCGGCAGUUUAUUGUUUCAUGGAUUACCACACUUUAUUCAAUUCCAGGAUUGAGGGUUUGUGUUUAUUUACCACAGUUAUUAGACGGACUUUUUCGCAUACUUGGUGACCCAAAUCCAGAUAUAAGGAGACAGUGUGAAUUGCUUCUAACGGACCUGCUGAAAGAGAUAGAGGCUAAUCCGAGUGAAAUUGCUUUGGACACGAUGAUCAAUUGUCUAAUAGUACAUUGUCGACUUUCUGCAACAGCUUGUUCCUUCGUCAAUGUUGCACUAAAAUCCUCUUCACCACCCACAUCACAGUUUCCAAAUUCUGUUGGAUCGUCAGUCGUUGUUGAUGCAUCAGCGCAAAGUGUUAGUCUACUGCAGAAUACACCAAGUGUUUUGGAUUCAGCCCCGUCGAGAAAUGGAAUUACUAGUUGUUCCCCAGAGCAGCUUAAACAACGAGCUGCUUUGAAAUGGAUUAAAACAUUCGUUGAAGUGGAUCCACACCAUAUGCUUUCCUAUGCUUCAGGAAUUAUUGGUGCUGUUCUACCAUGUUUCAUGUCCUGUGGACCACAUGAUGCGACAGCGGAAAGGCGAGUUGCACUGGAAACUGCUGUAUGCAUAAACGAAACCCUUUUGAAAGCUGUUAGGCAGUUCAAUUCACGUUCAGUGACUAAUGCGAAUACAUACAGUUCAUCAAUCUCUCAUAUGGAUUCACUAAAUUCAGGAAAUCAGUCGGAGAGUGUAACCAGACACUCACAGGAUAACAACUUAACUAAGCAACUUUCAGAAUCAUCUACAGAACAAAAUGGUUCACAAAUUUUGUGUUCAGAAGCUAUAUUAGAAGUCACGUUUCAACUUCUCAAUAAUUCAAGCCUGUUAACUCGUUUAGCAGCACUUCGUUGGAUUACUGUGCUUGCAGAAGUAUGCUCCGCUGAAGUAUUUUCACAAAUUGAUCGUCUUUUGCCGGAAAUGCUCAAGUUAGUUUCCGAUCCUGCUGAUGAAAUGGUACAUUCAACGAUUUGGUUGAUUGGAAAAUUGAGUUACCUUACAAUCAAUUCUGAUGGGGAUUAUUUAAGCAAACAGUCUAUUAUUAUGCCUGAAGAACUUCUGGAAUUAUUACACGAAUCGGAUCUUGUUAAUACACGAUCAAGUGAUCGAAUAGCCAGCAAUUCUGUAGGUGUGCCACAGUCGACUCCGAAUACAUUUUGUCUACGAUUUCUCUUGGAUCUAAUUAAUUUAUUCAACAGGGAUCCCGAGUUGUUACGAAAACGGGGAGAUAUGAUUAUCACUGAUCUUUGUCAGGUUCUUGGAGCUGAUAUCGUUUAUUGCACCAUUUCUACAAUUAUUUCUUAUAUUAAACCACUGGAUUCUGCAUUUGUACUAAUACAAGCAUUGAAUCGAAUUCUUUUAACACAACCAGUUUUAAAUGAUUUUCGUAAACAGCUGCGAACAAUCAGUACGAAGACUCAAUGUCAAUUAUUUGAAAAACUUUACCGUGCCUGGUGUUAUAAUCCAGUUUCAUUAUUAUCACUUUGUUUGUUGUCGCAGAAUUAUAAACAUUGUAGCCGUUUGGUGAAAUCAUUUGGAGGUAUUGUUAUAACCGUUGAAAUGUUGUACGAUAUGGAUCAGUUAAUUCAGAUGAUUGAAUCACCAAUAUUCACAAGUCUCCGGAUGCAUAUGCUUGAUAGACGUUUCAGCACUGAUCUUCGAGAAACGUUAUAUUGCUUACUUAUGUGUCUUCCACAAACAGAUGCAUUUCAGACACUUUGGAGACGUUUACAGUGUUUACCGCCCGUGGAAUGCAUUUCAGACAGUUCGGCGUAAUUACAAAACUAUUUUAUAGAGUUUGUUUAAUUGUUUUAACACAUUUUGAGUGGAUAAACCCAUAAAUUGAAAAGCUCGAAAGGCACGUCUUCACAAAUAUGUCAGAAUGGGAUACAUUUUAGUUUUUCUUCUAUAUGUAUAUUUACCUGUGGAAAAAGUUUGUUUGAUUGAAAACGAAUUGAUGGAGAAUUAAAAGUCUAUCAGUGUGAUGUGUUAUCAUUAAUUCCGUUUCACCUAUUGCCGAAACUAUAUAAUCAGAACAUUCUUCUUUAUUCGUAUGUUUUUAAUUUUGUGAUAGCCUGAGGAAAGUUUAUCCGAAAACUAGUGUGUAGUGAAAUUAAGUUAUUGGAAAUUCCCAAGGCACCUACUGAUCAAAAGAAGUUACAUUUUUCAGUAUUGAUGAAGGAAUAGUUAAAAAUUAUCAAUCACUCAGGUUUUAGAUUUAUGACUUUUAUGGUAAUAUGGUGUUCUCUAAAGUGGAUAGUUGCCUAAUGAAGUAUUCAUCAAUCUAGGGAACAUCUUCGAGCUAUUCACUUUUUCGUGAUUUCUUGUUUCAGUAAAUGCAUUCAUUUACAUUUAGUUACUUCACCUUGGUAACUUUUGGCUGUUUUCCCCUGAUCAUGCAUUAUAACGCUUACUGAUGACCCGAAUCAUGAAAAUGUAUGAAGCGUUUGCCUGAAAAAACAAGGAGUAUGAGAAAAUGUUUAGAAUCUUAGCACUUUGAUCGUACUGCAUUUAAUGGAUAUAUAAAAGUAGAUCCGGUUUUCUGGUGAAUAAGAAUGAAAUCAGCGUCAUACAUACAAUUAAAAUAUGUCACCAGGCAACUAUUAAAUAACUGCUGAUCAAUCGUGUUGAGAGUAAUCACGACAUUGUAUUAAAGUUCAUGCAGAGAAAAAUCCAGUGUCAUGCUGACUUUCGUUCUGAAGAUUUUUUGAGUGAGAGUAAUCUUGUCAACUGUGUGAUACAUUCCCUAUUGUGCCAGUAUUUAUUAUGAGAUAUAAAAAUCUUCCUUUACACGCAGUGAGCUUCACUACUUCAAUAUUUAACUGAAUGUUCAGGAAACACUGCUCUGUAAAUUUAGGAAUAGUUUGUAUCCAAGUUUCUCUUUCCUUCAGUUAUGAUUCAUUUUCUUCUUUGCUUAAAAAUCACAAUUAAUAUGAAUUAGUUGAGUUAUUGUAAGCCUAUGAUCUAAUAAAUUAGAACUUAUGAAUCCUGAAAUUCGGCUAUUUAAGCACUUACAACAUAGAGGUGUAGAGGUUAAGAAAACUUGUUCUCAGUGUUUGAGGAAGGCUUAGACAUUCCAGUCUAUCCUAGGAAGCUAAGCAAAAUGAUGUAUUUUGUGAUUCGUUCGUAACCUAAUAUCAAUAUCUCACACAGUAAAUAAUAAAUGUAACUAUCUACAUUGAGACAACAAUUCCUUGGUGUUUGGAGACAUACCAAUACAUAUGAAGGCAUUGUAAGCGUUGUGUUACGAUAACCUACUACAUUGUCGAUCUGUAAAUUUGGUGCUGAAACAGCAGCGAGUUAACCAUUGUGAGGAAAGGUAUUUUAAAUGAUCAUUGUUAAGGGAAUCUUUAAACAGCUUGGAUUGCAUAUAAUUUUUGUUUUAUUGAGUAUAUCACACAAUGAAACAGUUGUAUUUAGUGGAUAACGUCUCGAUUACAAUCUACUGUUCAUAAUCACAUCUAUUUCUAACUACACUACUUCGAAACACAAUUUUUUAUGGUUCUCGUUCUUUUUCUACAUUUAUCGUAAAGGUGUAGUGCACGUCGCCUAUUGCACAUAUUCUCCGUUGAUUCGAUGAAUACAGCUCCCAUUAUCAGUCUUUUUCUCCAUUCUGUUUGUUAGAUAUUGUCAACUUGUGUGUUUGGCUGAUAACGGGAGCUGUUUUCAUCAAAUCAAUGGAGAAUAUGUGCAAUAGGCGACGUGCACUACACCUUAACGAUAAAUGUAGAAAAAGAACGAGAACUAUAAAAAAUUGUUUCGAAGUAGUGUAGUUAGAAAUAGAUGUGAUUGUGAACAGUAGAUUGUAAUCGAGACGUUAUCCACCAAAUGCAACUGUUUGAUUGUGUGAUAUAUCCUAUAAAACAAAAAUUACUAAGGAAUUACACACUGCCGUGCUUGACCAAGUUUACAGAGAUGAUGAACUGUGAUUUCAAUUAGUUUUUUCUUUGAAAUUAUCUUGAAUAUUCGUCUAUGUAAGUCUUUUCAGAACGUCCAUCAUUUCUGUUGGUACAUUUUCAUAUAAGUUUAUACUAAUGAAUAAAUUUGUUAUUUACUUUGAUGAUACUGCUAUUCUUCCUCUAUAUAUAUUAGUCAUACUCCAGAAAAUCAUUAUCCUACACAAAAUGCGGUUGGUAUACAUAUCAACUUUGAUGGAUUGUUUGAUCAUUUCCACCUAAUUCAAAAGCAAUCUGAUGAAUAUCGUUUAAGAAACGUGAUAAAUCGUGAUGGAGUAUCUCAAAAUCAUACUACUAAUUCAUCAUCUCAUGGUAAUCAUUCUAGUAGUAUUUGUCUUGAAAGCGACUAUAAUACGUCGCGGAUGAUUUACAAAGAAAAAUCUACGGACAAUUCAAAUUUCUUCGAUAGUCAAAAUAAAAUUUACUCUAAAUCAACAAAUUCACUUUGUUCGGCGAGUGAAUAUUUGACUGAGAGUUUUACGAGACUCGGUAUAAACACCGACUACUGGGUCCCUUCGAACAUUACAGAAUGAUCUUCGUUUUCCACCGUUGUUGCUCUCAUGGAAGUUGAAGUAUCUCUGGCCGGUCAUCCAGUAUGCAUGUAUGUAUCGCGUUGAAGGUUGUUAAAUUUAUUUUUUGAAAAUUACUCUGCCUUCUUUAUAACUGGUGAUUUUGAAUAUAAUAACCCUCUACAAACAUCAGGUUUGCCUUAAUUACUUAUAAAUCUAAAUUUUAAUUUGUACGUAUGUUUUCAUCUGUGAUCACAAUACAAACUUUCAUUUUCCCUGUGGUUUUCUGGUCUCCUCAUUCAAUGUAAAAGCAAUCAAUAUAAAAGGAUUCAUCUCGUG